GGCCUGAUCCAUAAGUAUCAUUUGAUAGGGGGAUGUAUCAUCAUGUUUCUGCACGUGAUAGUUCUCCUCGUCCUGCAAUUUUUAACAUUCUUGAACCUUCACAAACAUGUGAAACAUCUUAAAGAACAUGGCAUUAUUCUACAAAAUGCUAAACGUCCCAGUUCAAAUAACGAAUUCAAUGGCCAGAUUUCUCGAUUGCCCGAGCGAACUCCUGGGGGUUCGAAUUCAGAAAACGAAUUCAACGGUCAGCAUCCACGAUUGGCCGCUUCAGCCUCUGGAUGUUCCGGUUCAAAUAACGAAUUCAACGGUCAGAAUCCUCGAUUAGCCGAUCCAACUCCUGGGCGUUCCAGUUCAAAUAACGAAUCCAACAGUGAUAAUUCACGAUUGCCCGAUCCAUUGCCUGGCCGUUUCAGUUUAACUAUCGAAUUCAAUGGUCAAGAAUCUCAACUACCCGAUUCAACUCCUGGAUGUUCCAGUUCAACUACCGAAUUCAGUGGACAAAAUCCUCGAUUGUACGAUCCAACUCCUGGGAGUUCUAGUUCAAAGAACGAAUUCAACAAUGAGAAUCCACGAUUGACCGAUUCUUCUCCUGGAUGUUCCAGUUCAACUACCGAAUUCAACGGCCAGGAACGUCAAGUGCCCGAUCCAACUCCUGGAUGUACCAGUUCGAAUGACGAAUGCAGCAGUCAGAAUCCACCGUUGCCUGAUCCAGCACCUGGUCGUUCGAUUUCAAAUGGCGGAUUCAUCGGAUUUCAGAGUGAUGUGCAAAAUAAAUUGAAUAAUGAUGUUAGUCAAACUAGUCAUAGUUAUCAAUGGUCACGCCGUAUGUCUAGAGUUGCUAAGCUUAUAAGUUUCAUACUUAUAUCCUUUAUCAUUUGCUAUGUUCCAUUUUUUGUUGGCUUACUGAUCAGCCCAGAAGUAAACUACAUCACUGUAACAAUGGUUAUAUGUAACUCACUCACAAAUGUCAUUGUAUAUCUUACUAGGAGCAAGGAUUACAGGAAAGCUUUCAAACACAUACUAACAUGUAAACAGGGUCCUGUUCCUAUGUAAUUAGAGAGAUUUCGCAACUAACUUAUGAAGCGUUUAAUACGUCAUAAUCUAAACGUCCAUAAUUGGGAUAUUAGGGAGUUUAAGCUUGCAAUGUUUUUCACAACCUAAACGUGAACGAAAUUAUUUAAGCAAUGUAUGGGCGAUUGGUGAUACGUAUAGGUUGACGUUUCGAUUUUAUAUGCAAGCUCAAGCUCACUAUUAUAUAUGUACAGUGUAUCUGUAAUUUGAAGAAUAUAUUUUUUUAUU